GAAGAGAGAGAGGAAGAAGAAGAAGAAAGAGUGUGUGAAGUGAAGGUCAUAAAUGGGUUCACAUGCACUCACCCUAUCUCUCUCAACCAGACAGAGACGUGGUUGGUGCUUUCGUGAUCCACCGCACUCUCAAUAAAUACCAGUAGUUGAAUCCCUUCACUCCAUUCAUUACCCCUUAUUUAUUAUUAUUGUUAUCUUUAAUCUCACACUCUCUUUCGUUUCUCAUAUCAUGGACCACACUCUUCUUCUUCUUCUUCUUCGUCUUCUUCACUUUCACUGAAUCUCUCUCACCAACUCUCUUUCAUGGCUUCCUCCUCCAAAUCCCCUCACUUCACCCCCAUUCAAGAGGAGCGUGAAGAAGACACACCAAUAAGGCACACCAGAAGCACCCCCUCUCACCACCACCACCACCAUCCUCCCACGCCCAUUCUCAACACCAAAUCCAACACCCACAAGAAAAAAAGAUCCGAAUCCGAGGAAGAUUCCUCUGUGUCGUGCAACAAGUGCAGGCCACACUCCAGAGACAAAAUCUUCAUCCUCCCCUUCGAUCACGCCGCCAACCACAACGCCUCAAACACAAAACAAUCCUCCUCCUCUCUCCUCGCCAGCCCCAAUGGCAUCUUCCGUUCCCUCGUCUCCAAACUCACCCGCAAGAGCCCCAUGUCCUCAUCGCACCACAACGCUCUUCCUCUUUCCAGAGAGGAGCAGUGGAAAAUGGCGGUGGCUGAACUCUCCCACAAGCUCCUCCACGCCACCAGGAAACGCGACGAGGCCCUUCUCGAAGCUUCCAGACUCAUGCAUUCCAUGGGGGAGCUCGAGAAGAAGCUCAACAAGCUCGAACUCUAUUGCCACACCUUGAAAUCCGGCCUCGAAGAAUGCACCAACGCCAACUCCAACGCCGUCUCUUCUCCGACGCCCUUCAAACAGAGUCAGACCCUUCACCAGGACGCCGUCAUUCAGCACUUCCUGGUGUCGGUUUCCGAAGCCAGAUCGUCCGUUAAGCUUCUCUCUCGUUCCCUGACCAUGCAACUGAGGCACAUGGGAAGCAAGGUGUACGAGAAAGUCUCGUUUUUGCUCCAACCUUACGACGUCAAAAUCUCCUUCUCCAAGAACCCCAGAAGCCUGCUCUUCUACCUGGAGGCCCUUCUCAACAGAACGUUCUUCGAGGACUUCGAAACCAUAGGGUUCCAGAAGAACGCGUGCAACGCGGUGCUGAACCCGGUGGAGCGGUGCGAGGGGAGUUUCCGGUGCUUCAACAUGCUUCAGGGGUUGACGUGGGAGGAGGUGCUGAGCAAGGGAACGAGGCACUUCAGCGAAGAGUUCAGCAGGUUCUGUGACAGGAAAAUGAGUGAGAUUGUUGCGAUGUUGGGUUGGAACCGUGCCUGGCCCGAACCCCUGUUGCAGGCCUUCUUCGGUGCCUCGAAGAGCGUGUGGAUGGUGCACUUGCUGGCCAACUCGGUGCACCCGAGUCUCCCAAUCUUCAGAGUGGACAAAGGGGUUAACUUUGAUUCAGUUUACAUGGAGGAUAUGGGUGGGGACAAAGCUUCGAAAUUGGUCCCUAGUGUCGUCAGAAUAAUGGUUACGCCAGGGUUUUAUGUCUAUGGCAGUGCAGUGAAAUGUAAGGUCCUCUGCAGGUACUUGAGUAGUAACAACACCAACAACGACACCAACACCAACCACAACCACAGUAAUAAUAGUAGUAACAAGGAGGAAGACAAAGACAAAGGUUUAAGCUUAAACCCAACCUCUUGACUUUUAGAUACAAACAAUCAAUGGUUUGUUCUGUUUUGCAACUUUGGUGGAAUUUGGAUGAAUCAGUUUUCUUUCUUUUUUGUGCUACCCAAUACUGUUAAACAUUAUGUAUAUUACUAUUAUCAUUAGUAUCAUUCAAAUUGGGGUUAGCCAGUCUUGGUUUGGGUUGGGGGAUGGUGGAAUAUGCAGAUUUUUGGGUCAAAGUGAAGAACUUGGCAUUUUCUGGUUUCACUUUGUUUUAUCUUGUGUCUGGUCCAUUCGGACUUUUUUAUCAUUUUGUUUUUGUUUCGUAACACAUCUGUCUGAAAAAAUUAACCUUUUGGGAACUUUAUAGUUUGAUGGGAUUGGGAUA